CGACGUCCGUCUGGCCGAACAAGCGGAGGCGGGGGCGUCGCGACGCCUUCAGCAGGUCGCGGAGAGAUCGGCGAACCGGCGUUGGGGUUUUCAGCGUUUAUUUGGUCGUAAAUUCGCCAUCAGUCGAACAAGUGCGGCGGACCGGCGAUGACCGCUCGCCGUUUGUGAUGACCGACAUAUUCGCCUUAAUUUGAAACUCUCUACAGAAGUCGCUCGGCGUUUUCAAAUGUCGGUUUCGUCGUGAUUUCACUGGAUUUUGCCAUCGGAAUUUCGUCGUAGCGGGAAAUGAGAUAAGCUUCGGCGCUCAAACCUGACCUUUGCUGUGAUAAAAGAGUCCGAUAGUCGCGCGGUCAUUCUGAAAUGCACGCAGUGUAAUCCCGACGUUGCUCCGGUCAAGAUGGUGGUCCAGGAAAAGACCAGCAGCGCCAACCAGGCGAUCAAGAACCUCAUCGAGCUGAUCGGCUUCCUCGUCUACUCGCUGACGCUGAUGGUAGUGGCCGUCUACAAGCGGUGCUUGCCCUCCAUUUACCAGAAGAAGAAGCGGAUCAGCGGGGACGUGGCCCUGGUGACGGGCGGCGGCGGCGGGCUGGGGCGGCUGCUGGCCCUCCGGCUCGCCAAACUCGGCGCCACUGUGGUCUUGUGGGAUGUUAAUAUUAAGGGCGUUGAUGAAACUGUAGGAUUAGUCAAAGGCAUAGGCGGAAAAGCCUAUGGUUACCGAUGUGAUUUAGCUGAUAAAGAAGACGUAUAUAGGGUAGCGAAAAAAACCCAACAAGAAGUUGGAGAUGUAACUAUUUUAAUAAAUAAUGCGGGUGUAGUUUCCGGUCUACCUUUACUAAGCACACCGGAUAAUUUAAUUAAAAGGACAUUUGAUGUCAAUAUUAUUGCUCACUUUUGGACAGCAAAAGCGUUCUUGCCUAAGAUGAUAGAAAACGACCGCGGCCACAUAAUAACCAUCGCCUCGUUGGCGGGCCACCUGGGGGUGAACAAGCUGGUGGACUACUGCGCGUCCAAAUACGCCGCCGUCGGCUUCGACGAGUCCCUCAAGGCGGAGCUCGACUCGCAGGGCGUCAGGGGCGUCAAGACGACGGUGGUCUGUCCGUACUUCAUCCAGCAGACGGGCAUGUUCGACAACGUCAGCUCCAAGUUCCUGCCGAAGCUGAAAGCCAACGACGUGGCCGACCGCACCAUCGAGGCCCUGCUCUACGAAGAGGACGUGGUCAUUCUGCCGGGUUAUUUGAAGGCGUUGCUCAUGUUGAAGCCAAUAAUGCCUUGGUCAGUGAAGUCGAUGUUCUCGAAGAAAUUCAUACCGGACGCGUCUCCGCAUCACCAACCCACGCCGAUAGUACAAAUUAAGGAAUCCGAGGAUUCCUUCCCGCAAAAAAUCCUCAAUAACAGUGUCAGUGCCUCGGUUACGCAAACCAAGCCUAAUUUAGAUAAGCAAGGUAAAGAUCUUUGAUGGUAUUUUUUUAAGAUCGAUUUAAGUAGUUAAUAAAAUAUUUUUACGGU